GCGAAGCAAUCGUGCAACUGCAGCAACCGAAAUUGCCGUCCACGAUCCACAUGGACAACGAGAUCGAGCUCCGGUGUCACGUCGACGGUUCCGGCGACAUGAAAUACGAGUGGUUCAAGAACACAGUGAGCGUGGCGAAAAGCGAUCGUGUCGAGAUCAAGAAAAAGAAACUGCACAUACAUAGAGCAAUUCCAGAAGACAGCGGCAUGUACACCUGUGUGGCCAAGAAUGAGGCAGGAGCCUCGCCAGUGACUGACAGCUAUCCGUUAAUCGUUUCCGGAAAUGAGACUGCAACGAUUAAGGAUGUUCCGAGAAACCUGAUUACUAAACGCGGUGAACCGGCUGUUUUGCACUGUGUCUUCGAGAACGCCGACGAGGUGCAGUGGUUCUUCAAGGAAAUCGGUCCGCUGGAAUCCGACGAGGAGCGAACGAUCUUCGAGAACGGCACUCUUUUAAUACGCGCUGCCGAUCUUAGAGACCAGGGAUUCUAUUCCUGCCAUGGAAUAAGAGAUGAAAUCACAGUCAGUUAUACGGUCGAAUUACAAAUUGCCUAUUUACUGAACUUUUCGGUGGCUGCUUUCGAACCAAAACGUCCAACUCAACUGGCGAUUGUUGGUGAAGAUCAAGAAUUCCAAAUAAGUUGCCUAGAGCCUUUAGGGCUUCCUUCGCCCAAGGUUUACUGGAAAGAUCCCACGGGACAUAUUAUAAGCGAUACCGGUCCCGUACGCGUUCAAGAUAACACGCUCAUCAUUGCGAAGGCACGAAUGGGCGAGGACGACGGCAAUUAUACUUGCGUGGCCGAGAAUAUGGCCGGUGAAACGGAUAUAUCCGUUCAAAUAGUUAUAUCAACCCCGCCAAGUAUAAUAAGCUCCCCAGAGUCGCUCAGUGUGAUGGAAGGUGAUUCCGUGACACUAACUUGUUCGUAUUCCGGCAUGGAACCGCCGGUUACGCACGUGCAUUGGUUGAAGGACGGAGCGCAGCUGAGGGAAUCGGGAGGUCCAACAAGAUACCGCGUGACCGAUAAUCAUGGCAAUGUUACGCUGCAUUUCAAGAGCGUUGACCUGUCUGACAAAGGGCACUACAUGUGUCAAGUAUUCACCACGGGUUUCCCGUCUCUGUUUUCGGAUCCAGCCGUUCUCACAGUUGAAGAGAAACUUAAAUUCUCACCACAGCCGGUCAAUAAACGCCUAGAGCUUGGCUCUACAGCGAAGGUAUCGUGUAAGGCCCAGGGUGCCACGAAUCCUACGGUAAAAUGGGUCAAGGAGGGCGAGGACGAGGAAUUUCCCAAACAUGUUCAGGAUAUUAAUGGCACUCUACACUUCAACGGUGUAUUGGAGGAGGAUAAAGGACGAUACACUUGUAUCGCCAGCAACGCUCAAGGGUCCAUCAAUCACACGAUUAGCAUUGAUGUAGUUAUCGCGCCGAAAUUUACGGUACAACCACAAAAUCCAACGGAGGCAAUUGAGGGAUAUCCAGUGAUGUUACACUGUGCCGCCGAGGGUGAUCCUAAACCGACCAUUCAAUGGGAUAAAGAUUCUCGCAUGAACAAUUUAGAUAAUCCUCGAUUCGAAGUAUUAAGUAAUGGAAGUUUGUACAUUAAAGAAGUGUAUCUUAGUGACGAGGGGAAAUACGGAUGUACCGCUGGCAAUAGCGGUGGUUUAAAACGAGAGGAAGUUCAAUUAAAUGUAAAAGCUGGAGAUAAUUAUAGAGCUGACAUGGAUCUAGAGGCCUCUGAUGAUGGAACGAUGAUGACUAAGACUGUAACGAUUACUCUUAGCGCAGCCGCGGGGUAUAUGGUACUCGUCGUUGGUCUCAUGUUAUAUUGUCGCUAUCGCCGUCGUCGCAGGAAGCAACAAUAUCUACAGGAACAAACAGAAGAAAAAAUAGAGAAUGGUGAUGUACAGGAGGAACAGACAGAGUUGAAGGAAACUGGGAAUAAAGUAAAUUCAACAAAUAAGAAGAAGGAAAAUCGCGAUUCUCAUAACAAGAGUGAUGGCGCAGAUACAGCUCACAGUCAAAGUAGCAAUCAAUCUAGGAAAUCUAAGUCAAAUUAUGAUAAAAUUGCCGUUUCACGCAGCAAUCUAAAGGAAUUGAAGCCUCUUGGUCGGGGAGAAUUUGGUGAGAUUUAUUCUACGAAAUAUCAAGUUGAUGGCGAUAAGGAAUCCUUGGUCAUGGUAAAGAGUCUGACAAACACGAAAGACGAGAUUGCUCUUCAAGAAUUUAAACGACAUUUGGAUCUUGUUCAUAAACUUAACCACGAGAAUGUCGUCAAGUUGAUUGGUCUGUGUCGAGAGGAAGAGCCCGACUAUAUGAUUUUAGAGUACACUGAUUGGGGCGAUUUGAAACAAUUCUUGAUUGCCUCACGAAAGGAUAACAAUUCUAGCCCAACGCACGAAACAAAAGCACCACGUGCACCUCAAUUGUCAGUGGCGCAAAUACUUUCAUUAUCGAAUCAAGCUGCGAAGGGUCUAAAACACUUAGCUGAUAAUCGAUUAGUCCACAAGGAUAUAGCCGCGCGCAAUUGUUUGAUCGCCAGCAACUUGACGAUCAAGAUCUCGCUACCAUGCAUGACCAAAGAGCCGUACCAACAAGAAUAUACGAAACAUCGGAAUCAGAUAAUUCCGCUGAGAUGGCUGCCCUAUGAAGCAGUGUACGAGGACGAGUAUUCUACUAAAAGCGAUGUGUAUUCAUUCUCGUGUUUAGUUUGGGAGAUGUUCCAUCAGGGCGAAUUGCCAUUUAAUAAGAUGAACGAUGAGUCCGUGUUAACACAGCUCAAGACGCAAACACUCACGUGGAAACCGCACAAAGCAGCGCCACCGGCUCUUCAAGAGCUGCAAACUCAGUGUUGGGCAAAUGAUCCACGUGAGAGACCGACCUUUGAUGAGGUUGUGUCGAAAAUAGGCGAAAUUGUGGUUGAUAGUUGCCUGUAGGCUAUUAUCGCGACCUAUUUGUACGAGGCUCUGAAUAUUGGAAAUACUGCAAUAGGGGUAAUGAUUGUGCGGAGCUGUAUAUCGAGAGGUAAGGCUGACGAACGCCGAUGAUCACGCGGUAGUGAUCUCUCCCAUAUGAGGAGGAGGGACCCGAGAAAGCCGUGGUUUUGCGCGAGAAUAAUUA